AUGGCCAAUUUCUCCCUAAGCGAUGCACAGCGGCAACUGGCCCAAGAUGCGUCUGCAUUCGCUCGCAAGGAACUCAGUCCAGCACGAGACAAGUACAAGAGUCUCUCUACUCAACGAGACCGAUUCCUGGCAAUAAAGCCGUUCUAUGAAGCCACUGUCCAGGCAGGCUACCUAAAAGCCUUCGUUCCAACUACAGAUGGAGGCACUGGUGGAUCUUUUCUUGACAUGUCUUUGAUCGUGGAAGAGUUCUAUACUGUUGACUCCAGUGUGAAUGUGGCCCUAGUUGGCACUGCCUUGGGCUUGAUGCCCUUGAUUCUUGGUGGCAGCGAGGAGCAGAAGAAGCGCUUCCUCAAGCCUUUUAUCAGCGGCAACGGUGAUUAUAUCGCUAGUCUUGCCCAUUCGGAGCCUGGUGGCACUGCCAACUAUCUGGAAAAGGGAGGGCAAGGCUUUGGUGUCACAGCAAAGAAAGAAGGAGACUACUACAUCGUGGACGGCGAAAAGCUGUGGACAACUAAUAGCGGCGGGUGGGAUCACAAAGGCGCUGAGCUAACUUGUCUCUGCGUCCGCUACUCCGAAGACGGAGGUCCCGAAAAGGCGGAAAAUAACCCCAGGGACAAUAUCAUGAUCCUUCUCGUUACGAGGGACAUAAUUGCCCAGAAUGAUCCCGAGGCUUACACCAUACUCGACGAGCCCGAGCUAAUGGGCCAUACCGGCGCUAGUGGUCCGCACACAAGGUACACUAACUUCCGGGUUCCAGCAGAUCAUCUUCUUUGCGCAAAGGGCGAUGCGACAGUUUCUAUCAUCGAGAUGGCAUUUAGCUUCACUGCAGCACUAGUCGGAGCCAUGGCCUGUGGUAUCAUGCGCACAGCCUUUGAAGCAGCCCUCAAGUUUGCUAAAGAGGAUAAUCGAGGCGGCAGUGUUCCCAUCAUCCAGAGGCAGAGUGUCGCAGAUCUUCUCAUCAACUGCAAGAUCAAAGCUGACACGUCGCGACUGCUUGUUCGCAACGCCUUGGAUGCUUUCGAUAAAGGAAGAGGCGAUGCCACUAGCAGACUGGAGGCGUGUCUACAAGCAAAGAUCUACAGUGGGGAGGCAGCAGUACAGGCUGUAUGGGAGGUUAUGCAGGCAGUGGGAAUGAGAUCAUAUCUGGAAGAAACUGGAUUUGGACGCCUCCUCAAUGACGCUACUGUCUUGUCUCUAUUCGAUGGAGGCAACGUGGGUGUAAGGAGGAGACAGUACGAAAGGCUUCUGCAAUCUCCCGACUACUCAGGAUGGAACGUUAGCUUCUAA